AUGCAGCAGCAUCGCCUACAUGGUGAUGGCUGCUCGGGGGCAACACUGUACGCUGCACAACAACAAAACAUUCAAAUAUUCCAAAAUCGUACGCCACAAAGGCAGCUGCAAGCGGGCAAUGAUUGCAGUGUGGAACAGCAACAGCCGGUGGAAAGUGAUGCAAUAAAAAAAGCUAUUACAAGUUGUACAGUGACAGUGAUGACUACUACCCAGCGGCAAGUGGUGGGCGAUGUGGUGACAGAAAGUGCAGCCGGAAUGCCUACACAAUCAGACAAGCAGCAGGAAAUGCCAGCCGCCCCGCCGACGUCGACGGAAGCUGACAGCGAAAGUGUUGGACGCCUGGCGGCAGAGGAUAACAGCGAAGUGCCAAUCAGUAAGCCCAGCGCGGAUAUCAAUGGGUCACAUUCGAAAUAUUCGUACACGAACGUCACUGGAGCACUGGAGACAGGAAGCAUUGAGCAAAGUAAAGAUAAUGCUACUAAAAGCUUCACCAACACAGUCAAAGCAAGAACGAGUAGAAUGCGAAGAAUGCGAAAAGUAGCGGCGCUGAAAAUGGAAUUGACCACAGCGACGACCCCAAUUCCGUUUGCUAACGCUUCCAUUACCACGGCAACGGUUAGCCUUGGCGGCAAGCAGUUGAAUGCGAAAAAUUUAAAACACUCCAAGAAUCUCAUCAACUCCGAGCAUUUGGCGUACGAUUUUAAAGCGAAUGUAGCAAAAUUAUUUGCAAAUGAUGCAGCUGUUGAAUCGGCAGCUAAAAACAGUAGCAAUGAGGGUUUCGAAACUAAUAUUCGUAGUAGUGAAAUGCUGGGCAAAAUAGAGCGUGAAGUCGGCCGCAGCAGUGGCAGUAGUAACAACGAAAGCAAUGGCCUAAAUAACAACAAGCAAACUCUGAACAAUGUAGGCAACAACAACAAUAGCAACAGAAAGAAUACUAAUAACAACCACAUUGAAAUUAAUUACAAUGGCAACAAACUCAAUCCUGUCGAGCAGUCGCUUCCUUCGAGUACCGGCAUUGCCGAGAGUGCUGAGGCUGCUGUUAUGGCUGCUACUGUUGAGGUUGCCUUAAGUUCUAAUUUUGCUGAUGACACUUCAGUUCAACUAGCAGCUGUGGGAGCCAUGUUGCACACAAAUGAGCGGCGUCACAUUGUGCCCGAGAAACUACAAUACACCAAAGAGAUAAACAUCAAACAGGGACGCCUAAUGGGCAUCACUCGUAAUUUUCAUUCGUCGACAGGUUUACGUGACGUUGAUCAAUAUCUGGGCUUGCCAUAUGCGGAGGCGCCGGUAGGAAGUCGUCGCUUUAUGCCACCAG